UCGUUUUCUUAGGACUUCGGAUCGAGAUUGGAAACGCGUUCCGUGCUCUAAAAUCGCUGUAAAAAGUGGAAAACUCUUCACAUUUUCACCUAUUCUGUGGUUUAGAAGAACAAACUGCACUCCGGGGGUGGUUCCCGUUGGAAAAGUAGACCGAGAAAGUGCAACCGACAACCAACCGCAACGCAUCACAAUAUUUCAUCAUCAAAAAUCGGAAAAACACUCCGAAAUUAGUAAUAUCGGCCUUCAGAACCAAUCCGCUGGUUAUUUCUCCGGUACGAUGGAGGAAAUCCUGAACGACAACGUGCUGGGCGAUGAGCUGGAGUGUUACUACGAUCUGUUACAGAAAUUCGAGAAAAAGUACAACGCAGAACUGAGACUGGGCCCGGUUUCGACGACAACGCAAUUCGAAUAUGCCUGGUGUAUGGUUCGGAGCGAGUUCAAAAGCGACAUGAAACGAGGAAUACUGUUGCUGGAGGAUCUGUUUGCCAAACACCCCGAAGGACGGCGGGACUACCUGUACUAUCUCGCUAUCGGGCACGCCAGACUGCAGGAGUACUCGGAGUCGCUGAAGCACGCCCAAGCCUUCCUGGAGAUUGAACCCAACAAUCAGCAGGUGAUCGCGCUGGAGCAGAUGGUAAAGAAACGCAUGGAAAUCGAAGGAAUCAAAGGAGUCGCCAAAGCCACGGGAGCUGCUCUCGUUGUCGGAGGCAUCCUGGGGCUGGGACUGGCUUUGCUGAAGAAAUGAAAAUCCAAGUAAACCCUGGCCCGAUCGGAGCGCACGGUGUGCGAUCGGGAGGGUUUACUUUUCUCUGGCUUGAUGUGGCUAUACAAAACUACGGGCAGCUGGGCGAUAGUUGAUCUAGGUUUAUGGGUUAGCCACAAUUAUCUAUGCGUUUUGUUUUAUUGUUCUUAAGCUAAUGCACGUUCAGUUCACUACAGCUAGCGAAAUGUAUGCUUUUCCAGUUGUCCUGUGGUGAUAAGAGUCGGGUUGCUUUGGAGACUAUGCGUGCACCUAUUUCCUCGAUAACGAAUACGAUAGCACAGUGGCAGAGAUGCGCACCAAGUUAAUGUGUACAAAAAUAAAUCUGGAUGGUAUAUCCUGGCGCGUUGAUGAACAGAA